AUGGAAGUCGCAUUUAAAAGACAACAGCUGAAGAUAAUCAUUUUUACAUUGGUUUUGGUGGAAUUAUCAAUCCAAGCAGUUGAGUAUAAAUUUAUUGAAUUUCUAAUGAUUAAUUCCAUAAAAUGUUUUUGCCAGAAUAACAUCAAAAUCAAAACUACAAUCGAAAAAAUUAAAAUUUCGCAAAAUAAAUCAAUUGUUGCAUUUCAACAUUUGCUAAACGAGUUUGAAAAUGGUUCAUAUGCAUCAAACAUAAACGUGACUUUCCUGGUAAAGGUGCAGAAUUUAUUCCUUCAACAUUCUGUUAAUGUUCGGAACAGUAAAGGAAAAUAUGAACCAUUUCUUGGAAAAGGUGUUACUGACAUUUGUAAAUUUCUUAGCCAAGGCAAAGGCAAUAAAUUCAUUCGGGGAGUUUUUGACAAAGCUAAUGUAGAACACCUUCCAACAUCAUGUCCAGUCGAACCAGGAUUUUACUUUGCAAAUAAUAAUCAUGAAUUUGACGAAACUAAGAUGCUUUCUCAGUAUGUUGGAGAAGUCAAAUCUAUGCUUUCAUUGGACUUUGGUACGAAAAUAAAUGGAAAAAUGAAUUAUUUCCUUAAGUUAAAAGCUUAUUUGGAAGCUAAGAAAGUCUUGGACGAGAAAAACAACAAAACUGGAGAUGGAAUAAAACCUACAUUUGAAAAGCUCGAGUUGACGCAAAAUAGUUCGAUUCUGGAUGUGAAUUAUUUUUUAAAUGUGACUGAAGACGAUUACCUUAUUUUAAGCUUUAAUGUCACUUUCUUUGUUAAGCUGCAGAAUUUAUUCUUACAAAGUUCGAUUAAUUUUCAAAAUAGUAAAGGGAAGUAUGAACCGUUUGUUGGAAAAGGUGUCACCGAUCUAUGUAAAUCUUUGAAUUUCCGUAAAGGAAACAAAUUGGUUCGAAUGCUUUUCGAGAGAAUUAAUGACGAUAGCAAGUUUAUCACAUCAUGCCCAGUCAAACCAGGAUUUUAUUAUGUCAACAACAUGUUAUUUGAUGGACAGAACCUGAUAACUAAGCAUAUUGGACAAACCAAAAUUAUGUUUGCAUUGGAUUUUGGCUCAAAAACAAAUGGAAAAAUGAAAUAUUUUCUUAAUUUAAGAAUUUAUAAUGACUUCAGCGACCGCCUAAAAUGGGACGAAGAACGUCGCAAACACGAAACGCUAAAAAAGAAAAAUUAA